AUGACGGAUGUUGCGGGACUCGUCGUCGGCGUCGCUGCCAUGUGGCAGACGGCCGUCGCUGUUUAUGACCUGGUCGAUUCCUCGCGGCAGUUUGGCAUGGACUACGAGAUUCUCAACGUAAAGUUCGAGGUUGAGCGUGUCCGGUUGAUCUGCUGGGGCGACGCGGUUGGGUUGAAGAGCUUGAUAGUCUCACGAGACUCGAACGAGCCCCACGCAUCGAACCAAGUGUCGAAUCCGAAGCCGGAUCCACGACUCAACCGCGAGGAGAUACGGGUCGCCGUGAUCCGUGUGCUCGGCUGCAUUCAGCAGGCAUUCGAAGACACGAGCCGCCUGCAGGAGCGAUACGGACUGCAACCCGCCAGCGGUCCCGGUGCCGCGACCGUCCUGGAAUCCGAGGAGACGGGCAUUCCGCCGUCGCAGACACAGCGCAUCCUCCAUGGCGUCUUCAAGCGUGCCUACGAAAACAUGCGCAGGGUCGCGCGGGAACGGCAGCGCGACACGCCGCUCGCGCGCAGGACGGUGUGGGCGGUGCGCGACCGCAGAAAGUUCACGGUCCUCGUCGCCGAACUGCGCGCCUUCAACGACAGUCUCGAGAGCCUCUUCCCCGAU